UUAACUUGACGAAGUAAAACAAACAAAAAAGUGAUAUUAUGAUGAUCUCAACUAGAAAAUUUGAACUAUUGGUUAUAGCCUACGUGUUUCUGUUCCUAGUAUUGGUUAUGUCUAGUCUGAUCAUGGUCGAGGCACGUGCUUUUUUCGUGUUUGGCGACUCGCUUGUCGACAGUGGCAACAACAACUAUCUGGUGACAACUGCACGUGCCGACUCUCCGCCGUAUGGAAUCGAUUUUCCUACUCGGAGACCAACCGGCCGGUUUUCCAACGGUCUAAACAUUCCAGAUCUUAUCAGUGAGGCAAUCGGCAACGAAGAGCCACCGUUACCUUACCUUAGUCCAGAGCUAAGGGGCCGAAGGCUUCUUAACGGUGCCAAUUUCGCCUCGGCCGGUAUCGGAAUUCUCAACGAUACCGGAUUCCAAUUCAUCAACAUUAUAAGAAUGUACCAACAACUCGAUUACUUCCAACAAUACCAACAACGUGUGAGUCGCUUGAUAGGGAAACCACAAACUCAACGGCUCAGGUUAAAUUCUCUUGGAGUUGGUCGAGUUCUAGUGACCGGAGCUGGACCACUAGGAUGUGCACCGACCGAACUGGCGAGAUCAGGCACGUCGAAUGGGAGAUGCUCGACCGAGCUACAACGAGCUGCGUCUCUAUAUGAUCCACAGCUACUUCAAAUGAUAAAUGAACUUAACAAAAAGAUUGGGAGAAAUGUGUUUAUUGCUGCAAACACUAACCAAAUGCAAGAGGAUUUUCUAAGCACUCCACGAAGAUAUGGAUUUGUAACGUCGAAGGUUGCUUGUUGUGGACAAGGGCCGUACAAUGGGAUGGGUUUGUGUACGGUACUAUCGAACUUGUGUCCGAACCGUGAGUUAUACGUGUUUUGGGACGCGUUUCAUCCGACUGAGAAAGCAAACCGCAUGAUAGUCCGUCAUAUCUUGACCGGUACCACCAAGUAUAUGAACCCCAUGAACCUUAGCUCUGCUCUUGCCCUAUGAGCGAAACAUACAAUCAUUUAAAGUUGAAGUGGAAAACUCGGUUUUGUUUAUUUCAUUUAUGUUUAUUUGAUUCACAAGAUGUAUGUAUCGACUACCGAGUUCAAGAGCAUGAAAUAAGUCUGAAUUUAACUU